UAUUGCUCCUCCUCAUACUUGGCGUUACCCAGUCCUGACCCUCCUGGGGACGACCUGGACAAACAGUGGAUUUUUUUUUUUCAAAGGUUCCAACAAAAGAAGGUCCAAAUAAAAGCGAACGUUGAUGCAAACACUCCGAUCCAAUCAUUUCAUGGUGAUAAGGUGUUGCCGAGGUCCGGGAACAGAGGAGGCAGCUGAUACCAGACAGGAGAUAAGAAGGGAGGCAACCGGAGCCCGAAGGUCUCGACUACCUGAGUCAAUAAAAACUGGUGUGUGUGAGCAGCUCACGUAUAAUGUGCCUUGACUUCCACAUCCUGCCGAAGACCUGGGACCAACAACCGCUUUGAGCUUCUUCUUUCAACUCGGAUAGUAAUAAAGGUCACCGCCAGCCUCUUCAUCACAAUGCCUCAUCGCGUCUGCUCCGUUGAGAUCAACAACAACUCGAACACCUACACUCUCUCCAACCCGAGGGUGUUCACCGAGAGCGGCUGCUGUGAGGUGCCCCUGCCCCCCAUGUUGGGUCCCUGCUCCAACGGCUGCGCGUUGUUCAACAAGCACACCGGCAGCGCCACCGGCUCCGUCGGCGUCUUCACCUACGACAUUUUCAACCCCGACCAGGACGACUACAGCCACUCCGUGGCGAUCAUGUUCUCCGUGCCCUACGACCGGAACGUCUACUCCAACUGGUUCGCCGUGGGGAUCUUCGACAGGGGGAGCAACUGCGACUUUGAUCUUUAUGACGUCAUGUACAACGGAAGUGAAAAUAAUUUCGUCAGAGCCAAGGCCGAUGGCUCCUGCAUUUCUUAUGAGGGCGACUAUGUUAUCGUCAGUGCCUCCAUGUCAGACUCAGGUGAAGCCGUCCUGAGGGUGGAUAUCAGUGAUACGGGCAUGUAUUAAGACCUCCUGAUGCUAUAUCACAUGAUCACAGUAAUGGAAUAUCGUCAUAUAAUUAAAAGCUCAAUCAAGUAACACAAAUGGUCACUAGCUGCAGAGGUGCUCAUUAAUCAAUAUCCUUAAAAUAUGAGUUACACAUUAUAGUUGUC